UUCAGCAAAAUUCUUCCACUCGUCCAUACGCACCCUUAUCCAUGCUCGUGCCCUCCAGGCCUGAACCAAAUGAACAUGGACCCAAAGAGCGGUUGUCCUCUAACAGAGGAAAGCCUGUUGGCCAAACUCUCCCCCGAGGACCGUAGCCGCCUGCUGUCCGACAACCUCACCGGGAAAUGGUGGUACAAGGGCUGGGCCACGUUGCUGAAAUGUUACCGCGAGGACGAAGAUUUGACCAUGGCGGGGCGAAUGAUCAUCGAAACUAGAUGGACAGAGGUCCUCCAGAACCGACUGGCCAUUGCUAGGAAACUGCCUCUCGUUGACGUAUCUAAGUGUCCAAUACAGAGACCUAUUUUCAUCAUCGGACCAUGCCGCACCGGGACGACCUUCCUGCUGAAUCUUCUGUAUCAGGAUCCCAACAAUACCUCCCCCAGGUACUACGAGACGAUGCAUCCGGUGGUAGAAACACCCAUACUGAUAGAAAGGGAGGAUCCCCGCGUGGAGGCGGAACGCAAAGCCUUAACCCAGAUGUACGAGGCAGUCCCAAAGGUCAAGGUCAUGCAUAAUAUCGUGGCAGACAACCCCUACGAGUGCUACCGUCUGAUGGACAACUGCGGGAUAUUCAAGGCGAAUACUUUCUUGGCCAAUAACCCAGAAGAGUACCUGGCCUGGCUCAGCUCGCUGAGUGAGGAAGAAAAAGAAGACGCCUACCGUUUUCAUAAAUUGCAGAUUCAACUCAUUCUCCUCGCGAGGGGUUCGGAUGACACCAACAAGCAACUAGUUUUUAAAGAGUCAACCCACAGCCUCUAUCUGGACGCCAUUUUGAAAGUGUAUCCGGACGCCACCUUCAUCCACACCUACCGCGACCCCUGCGAAACUAUCGCUUCUCUCUGCUCGAUGGCUGCGACGUACAAAGGUCUUGCAUACGAUCCAGCGAGCCUUGACUUGAAAAAGAUCGGGGAGAAUAUGGUGGCUAUUCCACUGUUCCACAGUGGGUUGAACAUGAUGGCAUUCAGAAAGUCACACCCAGAAGAAGAACACCGCUUCUGUGAUAUUGCCUAUAGUGAUAUUGUCAAAGACCCCUUGAAUGUCGUGAAGAGAAUCUACGACCGCUUCGGGUUGGAAUUAACCGCAGAAGGAGAAGCCAUAAUGGCGGCUUACAUCAAAGACAAUCCACAGAACAAAUAUGGCCGACAUCACCAUUCUUUGGAGAGAUAUCAACUGACAAAAGAAUAUAUUCUUGAUUAUUUUAAUGAAUACAUAGAGUUUUCUGAAGUUCGAUGUUGAGAAGGUCGAAUAUAAUGCUACUUCAUUUUAGCAUUAUUACAUUGUUUUAACAAUUUUAAAACUAUAGUUCUAGCACUCUAAUCAGACACGUAGAUAGUAACAUUAGAACAGUUUGUUCCUUUUUUUGACAAAAUGUUAAAAUUUGAUAAUACUGUCGCACUUUUGCACUUUCACUUUCAUAAUAAUUUCUAUAGUAAAGAAGAGAAAAGUUUAUAUGUUUUCAUUCUUCUUCGAGGUGAAAUGAAACCUUCAACGUGUAUGAAAAUUCGCUAGAUUUGUGCGUCGAUACCCCUACUUGUUACAGAUGUAUAUUUCUCAUCUUUAUCGCAGAGUUGGCGUUUUUUUCCUUUGACUGGCAUAUGCU